CGUAGCUGACCUCCUAGACUCCAACAAGGGAGCUAGAGACGAUUACUUCAUUGUCUCGGGCAAUUGGGAGUUUCAGCCAAACGACAACCUCCAUCGUUAUCCCUUAAGCCGCACUGUUUUGGGGGAAGGAGCUGGUAAGGGCCACCCUUCAUAAGUUUCUUUUUAUCUUCUUGCAUAAAGUUUUCAAUAUUUUCUGUACUAAUGUCUGUGCUAUUUUUAUCUUUUGCAGUUCUUCCUCAACCUCCGAAGAAUUUUCACCAAUCCUUCUAUCCCAACAAGGAUUUGAAAAAACUUCUGAACUUGCCAAUUCACAAACGAAAGGCGCCUCUGCUCCUCAACUUUAUUCCAACAUACAGGUCCGCUUUGUCCGACGUCCCUAGGAGGAAGAAAAAAAGCCUUUCUCCACCAUCUGCCACAACGCCACAGACCGCAUCCACAUCUCGGACAGACCAGGGGUCAACCUCUGAUCCAGCCGAGCAAUUGUCAACUUCAGCUCCAUACUUGGUUCCAAUAUCACAACGUCGCCGCCGACGCCGAACAGUCUCUACUGCUGAGAUGGGUCGCCCAAAACCAGUUGCAAAAGACCUUCUGGCCUGCAUUCCAUCAUCUGUUAACGAUCAACCAACACAAACCCAACCUCCAUCGAAGCCAAAAAGAAUAAAGAAGACUCAACCAAAGGCUAAGGUAUCUCAGGUUGAGUCUGAAGACACCUUGCCUAUCUCAAAGUUAGCUGAGAGUGACAAACCUCAACCCUCGGCUGGGAAGAGGCGCUCUGAAACCCAACCAUCAGAAUCCCCAAAAUCCAAAAAGCCGAAGUCAUCCUCCGCUACAACUUCGGGGUCUAAGAAGCCUGCUGCCCCCUGGGCCCCCAAAAUUACUUUAGAGGAUAAGCCAGUCAUAGCAAAUGAUAGUGCCGAAGAUAUUAAUAUCGGCGUUGCGCUCAGCACUGCUCUGCUGUUACCAGGUGAUCUGGAGCGAAACGCCGAGUUGAGCGAAUACAAAAACUAUGCAUUGAUGCUUCAACGCUCUGUUCAAGCCAUUCAGCAUGCCCACUCUUUUUCUGUUCAGUCUUUCGAAAAUCGGCAGAAGCUGGUUGAUAUGAAGAGGGAGUUCUCUUCUCUUCAAAAAACCAACAAAGGUCUUCAAUCAAAAACAAAAAAAAUAGAGGACCAAGCCGAGGCUGCAAUCAAAGCUCAGACCAAUGCCGAAGAGAGGGCUGAGGCUGCUGAGGCUAUCAGGAAAGUGGCUAAGUCUCAGAAGAGAGAAGCCGAGGAAAAAAUGGUCCAAGUCGAAAAGGAGCUUCAGGAGGCACUGGCCAUCAAAGAAGCCGAAACAAAAGAUGCUGACGAGAAGGCGUAUGCCCAAGGCAUGACCGACGUCAUAGAUGCCUACGAACAACAGGUGAAGGAGGCAUGCAACAAGGGUUUCACCCUUGGUUAGAUGUCCCUUCUAAAGAAACUUAAUGUCCUAGAGGACUCACCACUGAGGAAAGCCGAUACCAUUCUUCUUCCAUUCCCUCCAGCUCAACCUCCAAGUCAAGAUGUCGGCGAAUCUGAGUCUGAGGAUGGUGAUGAGGAAGAGGAUGAGGCUUUGGUAAGAAAAUCCAAAGAUGCUGAUGGGGCCAAGUCCCCUCUUCAGAAUAAGCAAGUCCUAGACUUGACUUAGGAUGAAGAAGGCGAUAAGGUUAACAAAGACGCUGCUUAUGUGAAGUAAUCAGCCGAUGCCAUUCUUGCUGAUAAGAACCUUGAUGACACUCUUGCAGAAAUUGACGCCGAGGUCGCAGCGGAUAAGGCUACUGAGAUGUCUUCUCAACAAACAUCUAAUCUUCAAAUUCAACCAACUGGUGGAAAGGAGUCUUAGCUUCAUGUUUUUCUUUUGCUUACUUGUAUUUUGUUUCUUCUUUAUCUUUUGAAACAAUGUAAGCUUUUUGUAUAGCCGA